UCUCUGUCUCUAGUAUAAAGUUUACUCUUUCUCUCUGUCUCACUUUCUUCUCAUUUGCUCUGGAGAAAAACAAAGUGGAAGAAGAUUGGGUACAGAGUACCAGAAUACACUAAAGACUUUUCACUGUUCCUUCUCUACCAACCAUACCAAACAGUGUUUAGCAUUGAGCUCCAAUCAAAGACAAACACUUCAUUAGAAUGCAGACAUCCAACAAAACAAGAUCUUGUCCGGCAAAUCGAGCAACAAAAACAAGUGGUUCUGAAUCUGAUUCUAAUAACUCAGUUCGACCUUCAAGAACCUUCACCGAUAGAAGUCCUAAAGCUAUCGUUCAUCGCCGUUCUUCUAAAAGCCCAGUUACGGAGAACAAGCGAUCAAGCAGAGUGAGUGAACUAGAGUUGCAGUUUGCACAACUUCAAGAAGAAGUGAAGAAAACAAAGGAUCAACUCAAUUCUUCGGAGUCAUGGAAAAGGAAAGCACAACACGAAGCAGAGGAAACCAAGAAGCAACUAAUGACAGUGUCGGUACAACUCGAAGACAAGGAACAACAACUUGUCGAGUUCUCUGCUGCCGAAGAAGAUCGGCUUCAAGAACUACGAAAGAUCUCUCUAGACCGGGACCGGGCAUGGCAAUCAGAACUCGAAGUUGUGCAAAAGCAACACUCGAUGGAUUCGACCGCAUUAGCUUCUGCAUUGAAUGAAAUACAGAGGUUGAAGAUGCAACUAGACAUUGUGAUCAAAUCAGAGGUUGCCAAGAACUCUGAAAUUCAAAUGUUGAAACAAGAAAUGGAGAGUUUGAGAGCCAUUUCUAGUGAAACUGAACAGCUACUGUCAAUGAAGGAGUUAGAGCUGGAGGAAUCUAAUGCUCAAGUGAUGAAAAUGUCGGUGAAAUACGAUGAAAUUGAGCAGUUGAAAGUAGCACUUGAUGAACAACAAAUACAGAACACAUUGCAGAUUCAUUCUUUACAUGAAUUGGUUGAAAGAAUGAAGAUUGAAUGUGAACAAAUGGGAUUAAUGGAAGAUGUAACAGAGCUUAAAGCUAAAGUCAUGGAUAAAGAGACUGAGCUGCAAAGCAUUGCGGAGGAGAACAAGGAGAUGAAACAGGAACUGAGCAUAGCUCAGGCAGUGAAUGCAGAGAUGGAGGUUGAGUUGAGGAGGAUAAGAGUGCAAUCGGAGCAAUGGCGAAAGGCGGCUGAAGCCGCGGCAGCUGUUUUGAUGACCGGAAACGAUGGCGGCUUCAUGGAGAUUGUUGGGAACCCGAUGAGCUCGCCGUCGGAGUACGACGAGCUUAGCGAUGAAUCACCAAAGAAGAAGAAUAGUAACAACAUGCUGAAGAAGAUUGGUUGGUUAUUGAAGAAGGGAAGCAAGUGAGCACAUUGUUAUGAUACUACUACUUUUAACUACCAUGUAAUGCUUUGUAUAUGUAAUCAAGACUUUGGAUUAUAUAUGAUGUAUAAAUGAUAAGACUUAAGCAGUGUAUCUUAUGAUUGUUUAU